AUGGCUGACAACAUGACAUCGACAAAUUACAGAAGGAUUAAUGCUGACCUGUAUAAAGCUCUGUCAGAAGGAGAUGAUGCAAAUGUAUGUGAUAUAUGUCGAGACUUGCCAGAUGGUCCCUUGCACAAGCUAACCAUACACGAUGACACUGUUCUCCACAUUGCGAGUUACUACAAGCGUAAUAAGCUCAUUCUUCAGCUACUCAGUCUGCUACCUGAAGACCAACCUGACAAACUCACAUUAAAAAAUGAUGUCGGAAACACCAUUCUUCAUGCAACAGCCACCAACAAUAAGACAGUCGAGGCUGCUGCUGAGAUGUUGCGCCGAGCUCCUUCAUUGCUCACCAUGACCGACAUGCUGGGAGAGACGCCUUUUUUCCGUGCAGCCCGUUUUGGAAAGAGCAAGAGUUUCCAUUUUCUUGAAGCUGAAGUGCGUAAGAGAUUUCCAGAAGAUGCAGAGGUAAGGGCCUUUCUUGUAAAAGAUGAUAAAGCAACUAUACUUCACGUUGCAAUUCAUAGUGAGAACUUCAAUUUGGCUCAUGAUAUUGCCAAAACUUAUCCAAUGUUAAUCGGUGAAAAAGAUGGAAAUGGGAUGACAGGUCUUCAACUUCUUGCCUGCAAGCCGUCAGCAUUCAAUCAUGGAUUUGAAGAUAAUUUCUUCAAGCGGUUCAUACGCAAGUUCAUUGAUUUGAAUCAUAAAGAACAAACCAGUAGAGUGCCUUUCCUGAAAGAACUUCAGAAACAAAUUCUCAAGAGUAAAUCAGCAAAGACACUUGCAACCCUUUUAAUUGAAAGUGAUGCCUCAUGGGAAGCAACAGCACCCAUGUCAAAUCAGAACAGAAUUAAACUCAUCCAAGGGAUAAUGUCUUCAAGAUUAAGUCUUGUUAUUAUUGUUAAUGAUCCUACUCGUGACUCCCCAUUGUUUUUAGCUACAAAAUCAGGUUGUACAGAGAUUGUAAGGGAAAUACUGCAAGUGUACCCUCAGGCGGUCGAGCAUAUUGAUGAGAAUGGGCGUGACAUUUUGCAUGUGGCAGUUCAAUAUCGAAGAAUGGAAAUCUAUAAAGCUGUGAUCAAUAUGAAGUAUCCUUUGAUGAGGCUAAGAGGGGAGAUUGACAAACUAGGCAACUCAAUACUGCACAUGGUAGGCCAAAAAGUUGAAGAUCAGAAAGCUGAGGUGGAUAUGCGAAGCCCUGCUCUUGUACUACGAGAUGAUUUGCUUCUAUUCGAGCGUGUGAAAAACAUAUGUACCACCGAAGCAAUUUCUCAGGUAAACAAUGAUGGUGUGACAGCUGAACAACUAUUCAUCAAGAACAAUGCACAACUUCACAUCGAUGCCAAAGAAUGGAUGAAGAGCACUGCUGGGAACUGCUCCGGGUUUGCUGUGCUCAUUGCCACUGUUGCCUUUGCUUCAUCUUUCACUCCACCUGGAGGUUCAGAGCCAGAUACAGGACGUCCAAUUAUGGAGGGCAACUAUUUUUUUAUAGUCUUUUCGCUAGCCAAUGGACUUUCCCUCACAUUUUCUUUGACAUCAAUUAUCGUAUUUCUUUCCAUCCUUACAUCUUCCUUCCGGUUAAAGGAGUUCCAGAACUCUCUUCAUAAUAAACUACUUUUAGGCCUCACACUGUUGAUACUCUCUGUGUCAAUGAUGAUGAUAUCAUUCGCAGCCACGAUUCUCCUAGGCAGUGGGAAGCAAGAUUGGACAAACAUUAUCUUGUACGUAGUUACGUUUUUCCCAGUCAUUGUGUUUGUGCUCUCAUACGUACGUCUCUACAAGUUGCUCAUUAAAGUGUUUGAGGAAAGUCUAAAGAAGGUUAUAGAUUCAAUAUUGCCUGCCCGUGAUAUGGAAUUGCCCCAGCCUUCUCAAGCUCCAACUACUAUUUUCACCAAAGCAACCACGAGUUCUUUUGUUUGA